AUAAAUGUAUAUAAAGCAACUGAUACUGUAUUUUUUUCUUAUUCAACAACCUUAUUUGUCGAUUGUCAAUCAAUAAACUAAUAUGAAAGUUUUGUGUCUUCUUGUUAGUAUUUUCGUAGCUAUUGCUGUUGUUGGAGCUCAUUCAAACGACCGUCUUAAUGGACUAAAGAGCCAAGAAAUCUUACACCAAUUCGAAAACAAACAGUACAACCAUGAACAUAGUCAGCAAUGGAACCAAAAAAAUAAUGACAGAUAUUGGUACAACAAAGGACAUAAUUUAAAAAAUGAUGUUGAAUACCACCACACCUUCUCCCACAAUCAUGGCCAUCGUCAACAAAGACAAUAUCAAAAUGUUAGUUACAACUCUGACUUAAGUUCUGGAUCAGUAUCCUCUGAAUUAAACUUUAAUGAAGAAUACAUUCAAAGUUCCAGAUUAAACCAAAACGAUGCUGCCUACAUUGUAGGAAAUACUUGCGCCAAAAAAAUUAUGAAAUUUUAUUCUAUCAUCGAAAAAUACAUCAAUAGCAACGGUCAAAUCCAAAAUGAUUGGUUCAACGAAACUGUUGAAGUACAACAAGUCGUCGUACCUUUACCAAACCAUCAAUUCUUGAACAUUAACGAAAGCAAAAUCAACGGUCUACAACAUGGAACCAUCAAAUUAGUGAAAGUGAACACUGAAUAUAACAAUGUCGAAGUUGACUAUCACUUUAACGAUUUACUGAUUAAUGGUAACUUUAAGACCAAUAACGGACAAAAAGGAUAUUUAAAAGUUAAAAUGUUGAACACUGACGUUUGCGUAACUACUGAGUUGUACAAUAAGAAUCUCAAGACCGUCGACACUUUCAACGAAAAAUUGGACAUGAACAUGGAAUUCGCAUCACAAUUGGAAAAUGAUCAACUUAUCUAUCAAAAUGCUGAAUCAUCUUACUUACGUAAUUUGAAAAGAACUUUUGAAAAUAAAUUGUAUGAAGGCACUUACAACGGUUUAAUCGGAUGUAUGAGACACGAAGUUACAAAAGAAUUUUCUAUACCUUCAGAAACUAUCACCAACAUGGAAAUUUACAACAAGAAAACUGGUUUCAAAGUUAUAUUAACUAAUGGACAGUUCCAAGAAGAAUCUAUAACUAAUACCAAUAAAAUCGCAUCUGUUGUUGUUCGUCCAACCAAAUCUGGAAACGGAUACAGAUUCAAGGUCAACAUCGUCUUGGCAAAACAACCAUCAUGGAAAAAUGACAUCACCGUCCAAAAAGGUGAACAACAAACCACCUUCAGAAACGUUCAAUUCCAAGCCAACGAAAUCGUUGCUACCGCUAUCCUGGAAAAUGUAAGUCAACAUAUGGGAGGACGCCAAUUCCGCGUUUCUGACGUCAAUUUCGAAUUAAAAGGUCUUAGAUUUAACUUAUCCAAUGACAAAACCUUUGCUACUGAACUGGAACAAAACCUUAGACAUAUGAUAGAAAACAACAUGGCUGUUGUCCUUAAAGAACAAUUGAAACAUGAAUACCAAAUCUAUCAACAAGUUCCAGAACAAUACAACCAAUGCAAUCGACCUACCCAGCAAAGAUUAAUUUAGAAUAGCAAUUUAAAAAUGUUUAUAUGUAGAUUAACAAAUUAUUUUAUAAGUAUUUUUUACCUUUAACAUAAAUUGGAUGUUUUUGGCAAUAUAAUUAAUAUAUAGUCCAUCUA